AUUCUACCUGUCAGUGGAGGUCAUCAUCCCUGUCAACUGUAUGUUUACAAAGUGCAUAAUUAACUUUUAAGGCUUUUUCCCGGGUGUAUCGUCGAUGUCUGUUUAUUUGCAUUGAAACCAUGAACGAGUCACCGCAGAAUACUUCAGCUCCUCCGGACGAGAAGUCCCCACGGUUCGGAAAAGACGAUAAUUUCAUCCCGCUUGGCUUCAGUAGUCCAAUCAACCAGCGCCAACCUGAAGAAGGCGAUAUUUACCCAUCGCAGCGACGCAGCUUCGAAUUCUUCUCCGCAAAAAGACCAACCUUUCGAAACAAUUACCGGAACAACCGCUACCAGCCCAACAAUCGAAGGAGUAACGACAACAAAGGGCACCAGAACCACCACCACCAGCCGAAGAACAACAGGAAAAACUUCUGCGAGCAGACUCCAGGCAAACGGGCGGACGACGAUAGAAGCUACUUUCACCCCUCGAUGCUGGAAGAUCCAUGGAGGAACCUGAUGGCGAACUUGGAACGAAGGAGAGCGAACAGCAGCCAGACACAGCCACCAAGAACCCAGGAGCCGUCUGCAGAUCAGUCGCCAGCGCAGUCCAGUGAUAGCAAGGAGGAUUGACAGUGGGGCAGAGUGACAUAGGCAGCAGGGGCUGCUUACCCACCCCAAGUCGUCGACUACCUCCGUCUAUAGUCAAAAUUGUUUUUAGUCGUGAUUUUUAACGAUUAAUGUCGAAAUCAUGAACAAAAUGCGAAUGGUCAGUGACCUGAGCCUCAUCUUACAUAAUUUUUUGUAUCCAAUCAGUUUUAGGUUUAUAUUUUCCAUUAUUUGAGAAUGGAAGCAUCAAUUGAUCAUGGAAAGCGACCAAUUGUGUCGGAAAAGUUUUAACUCAAAAAUAUUUUAAGCUAAAAAUCGAAAAAAACUCAAAAAAAUUAGAUUUUAUGCCCAAGACUGGGCGGAAGUACAACAAAUUUCGGAUGUUCUUUCUGUUGUAAAUGAAAUUGUAUAGUUCUAAGAUGACAAUGUAAUUCUCGAUGUUUGUGAUAAUAAACAUCCUUGAAAAGUA